CUUCCCCCAGGCAUGCAUGUUACGUAUGUUGUAAAGCCUCACAAAUUAUAAAGUGGAAGAACUUUUGUAGUUCUUAAGUUUAUUAAAGGUUUGUCAUGCUUUAGUGGAGUCAGCAAAUCUGAUUCUGAAAUUUACAUAAACAGUAAAUAUUAAUAAUUUCUAUAGUUACUGUUGCCUAGGAACGAAAAUUUAAUCAGCAGGUGUCUUAUUAAAUUUGCAAAUUGAACAGUGAAGUUCAAUUUCGCUACCUGUUUUGACUUUUUACACAUUCUCAUUAAAAUUUGCAAUAUUUAUAAUUUCUGAAAUAGCAGAGAGCUAAGAAUUUAAUUGGUUAGAAUUUUGAAUAACCUUUUUUAAAAACAAUAGACUUUCACACAUCAUUUUUUUCAACUGAUGAAAAAACUUAUUUAAAUUCGAACUUUGCGUGGAUGAUUUUGUACUUCAAAAUGAUGAAAUAUUUCUUAUGUUGUUUGUGCGCAGUUUUCCUUCAUCCACAGACAGCCGAUGGAGGUGUGACCGUUUAUAAAAUUAAAAACUUCAAAACAGCUGAAGACGGUGGUGACAGUAUCUUGAGGGUUGCUUCAUACACACCUCAUGCCGACAAGACACUACCAUCUGCAAAGACAAUGCUUUCGUUGUCAAUGUACGAUUGCAUGUUGGACUGCGUGGACAGCGACAAGUGUAGUUCCUAUACUUUCAUGGAGGCUCAAGAUCCGAGUAAUAACAUCUGUUUACACAGUGAAUCUUCCACGAAAACAGCAAACUUCACAGAUGGAGGGAAUUUAAUAUUCAGUAACUGAAGAAGGAGACGAAGAAAGUUUUUUGUUUUUAAAAUGUAAAUGCAAGUUUUGAAAAAAAAUAAGAUUUAUUUCUUAGA